AUGCCACGUCGGCGCAAUCCAGAUGCGCCUACAGCCCCGAAAGCACCGCGCGUACGUAAGAAGAAGGCCGAUGCGGACGUGGUCAAACAGGAUUCGGCCGUCUAUGAGCCGUUGAUGCAGUCAAAUGGCAUCAUGAUGGACGAUACGAACAUGUAUACGCAGGAUUUUGGCUUUGCAUUUGGUGCCCAGCCAAAUUUCACCAGUCCAGAGCAAGGGAACAGCCCAUAUAUGCUGCCACCACAAAGCAAUACACCGCAACCGUCAAUGAUGAUGCGACCAAUGGCACCACCUUCACAACCUGGUGCACAAAUAUCAGGUCCUGCUCAAGCUCAGUCAAUGAAUGCUGUUCCAAGUCCUUUAGAAUUCCGUAUCCAUGAAAUGAAUCGCCGCUUAUACAUAUUCAAUUCUUCCGGGAUCUGCGAGAAAGAUUUUGCGCAAUGGUGGGAUGCUUUCUCUCAUGAGUUUUUCGAUGAUGAUGCCAAAUUAUGGAUAAAUAUUAUCGAUGAGCAUAGUCCACAUUCUGAGAAAUAUGUUUUGGGCCGACAACUUAUACCUCGCUUCUUUCGCUCAUUUUUCGAAAGCAAGAUUAGAGAGAUGUAUUUUGUGAUUCGUGGGCAAGCUCGCGAAUCUCAAGCACCGUCGGGUAUGAUCCAUUACGAGAACCAAGAUGUGCUCCAGGUUACGAAGCAUGAUGUUCCAAAUGCUGAGGUGCAAACGAAAUUCAAACUAUUCAUCGAGUUUACGCCUUAUGAUGAGAUUUUGAAUCAUCGGAUUCGAACGUGGAGUAUGGAGUUGGAAAGCUGCCAGGAAUUCUUCAUGAACGAAAUCACAAAGGAGUACGAAAUCCAUCAUGGUGAUGGUAUGGAAAAGCCAUUACCGUUGACUCGUGUGGGAAUGCCCCAACAAACGAUGGCGUGUCUGUCGAUGAGUCGAAUAUUGGAGCCAAUGCAAAUGCUCAUGAGUCAAAGUAAAACAUCAGGUCAACCACCAAUGUUGCCACCGACCACGGUUGAAGAGCAAAAACCGAAACCAGCUCGGAAAAGGCAACGAAAAACUACGACGAAUGCGAAGAAUAAGAAGGCCAACGCCAGUCCCGCACCCACGAACGCCGGUUUCCCAACGAACGCGAUGUCUGGCAACUUUUCGUCGAUGGGUUUCCAGGACGUCAUGGUGGUCGGCGAGCCAUCUAUGAUGGGAGGAGAUUUUGGUGAAGAAGAUGAGCGGACAAUCUCAAGAGUCGAGAACACUCAAUAUGACCCGAAUGCCUUGCAGGUAGGAUAG